CCGGGCGGGCCCCGCGCGGGCGGGAAGCGCCGCUCCGCCCCGCGCGCGCCAUGGCGCUGUCCCAGCCCGGGCCGCGGCAGCCCGAGCAGCCGUCAGCGCGCCGCCCGCAGCAGCUGCAGGAGUCCACCCCGUCAGGCCCCGCCGGAACGCCUUCGCCCCAGCAGGAGUCCUCCUCGCCGGGCCCCGCCGAGCCCCGUUCACCUCCGCAGGAGUGCGCCCCGGCGGGCCCUGCCGAGCCGCGUUCGCCCCUUCAGGAGUCCCUCCUGUCGGGCCAUUCCGAGCCCCGUUCGCCCCUUCAGGAGUCCCUCCCGGCGGCCUCUUCCGAGCCCCGUUCGCCCCAACAGGAGUCCCUCCCGGCGGCCUCUUCCGAGCCCCGUUCGCCCCUUCAGGAGUCCCUCCCGGCGGCCUCUUCCGAGCCCUGUUCGUCCGAGCAGGCGUCCCUCCUGUCGGACCCCGCCGAGCCCCGUUCGCCCCUUCAGGAGUCCCUCCUGUCGGGCCAUUCCGAGCCCCGUUCGCCCCUUCAGGAGUCCCUCCCGGCGGCCUCUUCCGAGCCCUGUUCGUCCGAGCAGGCGUCCCUCUUGUCGGGCCAUUCCGAGCCCCUUUCGCCCCCGCGGGAGUCACUCCUGUCGGGCCCCGCCGAGCCCCGUUCUCCCCCGCGAGAGUCGCCCCCGGCGGGCCCCGCCGAGCCCCGUUCUCCCCAGCUGGACUCGCCCCCGGCGGGCCGGGGUCCGGGCGCGGCCGCGGGGCUGGGCCGGCAGCUGCGGGUGGUGCUGACGCCGCUGCCCGCGGCGGCCUGGCCGCGGCCCCAGAAGCGGCUGCUGAGCGCCCGCUCCCCGGCCGGCAAGAGGCUGCGCCUGGAGCCCGACAGCGGCCCCAGGGCCGCCCCCGGCUCCCCGCCCGGCCCCAGCUCGGCUGCCCGCGGCCAGGACUGGCUGCGGGAUGCGGACAGCGACGGCAGCGACGCGGGAGACGCGGCUCCGGAUGGAUACUCCCACCUAUCAGCCUAUGAAAGGAAAAGACUAAAGAACAUCACAGAAAAUGCUAAAUUCUUUGCUGCUCUAAAGCUGCAUGAGUCAGCUGCAAGACUCAACCAACUUACCACUAAAAGGCAAUCUCAGGUCACUAAAAGGCCCAAGCCUAAGAAGGUGGAGGACGAGGCAGCGCCGCGGCGAUCCAUGCGCCUGCUCAGGGUGGAGCCUCCGCUGGACAUUCCGCUGCUGGACACGUUUUCCCGGCCAGAAGCAGAGGAAUAUCCUCCAGUUCCAGUCGGACCUUUGCCCAUGCUUCCAGAGGGUCAGGUGGCCAGCAGUAAAAGGACAGAGGCCUUACUGAGCACGUGGAUGAGGAUAAGUGAGGUGAAAGCGGAUGAUGCUGAGCGGGGCACACCUGACAUGAAGAGGUACCAGGAGAGCCUGGGCAGCAUGGUGCUGAGGGAGGAGAACAUCAGGAAGGUGGUGAAAUCCCGGGUGUGUUCCAUGGCCAUCCACCCUUCCGAAAGCACCAUCCUCGUGGCAGCUGGAGACAAGUUUGGGCACGUUGGCCUCUGGAAUGUGGGCUGCGGGACGGAGGAAGGAGCCCACAUGUUCAUCCCCCACAGCUUCCAUGUGAACUGCAUGCACUUCUCUCCCUGCAACCCUGCUCACUUGCUGUCCCUCAGCAAUAACACUCUGCGCUGUGGCGAUGUCACCAAGGCUGUCUUUGAUGAGGUCUGCAGGAGUGAGGAAGACUUGUCCUGCUUCGACUUCCUGGAAGAGAAUGCCUGCACUGCCAUAGUGAGUCAGUGGGCUGGGCCCGUGGCUCUUGUGGACAGACGGACGCCAGGGGUGUCCUCGGAGCUCUCUGUGGACAUUGGCUUCAGGAGGAUACGGACAGUCCACGUGCACCCCGUGAAAAAACAGUAUUUCCUGGCUGCUGGGUCCGUGGAUGUUUGUGUUUUUGAUGUUCGGUACCUUCGGAACACCAAGGAGAACAAGCCCCUGAGCACUCUGACAGGACACACCAAAAGUGUGGCCUCAGCCUAUUUCUCACCUGUCACUGGCAGCAGGGUGGUGACCGUGUGUGCUGAUGACAAGCUGAGGGUCUACGACACCACGUCCUUGUCGUCCACUGUCACACUGCUCAGCUCCAUCAGCCACAACAACAACACGGGCCGCUGGCUGAGCCGCUUCAGGGCCAUCUGGGACCCCAAGCAGGAGCACUGCUUCCUGGUGGGCAGCAUGGCACAGCCCAGGCAGAUCGAGGUCUUCCAGGACACGGGGAAGCUGCUGCACUCCUUCUACAACGUGGACUGCCUCAACUCCGUGUGCUCCAUCAACGUGGUCCACCCCAGCCAGAACAUCCUGGUGGGAGGCAACUCCAGUGGCCGCCUCCACGUGUUCAAAUAGAAGUGUCUUAGGUCUUCAUUUUCUACCUUCCUGCACUGACUUUGUUUAUUCUGUAUUAAGCAGUUCUGAAGCUGAUUGUUGUUUCUCAGGACAGAAGUGUACUUUGAAAGUCUUAAAAUAAAUAGUUUAAACUGC